CGGCAACGUCACAGUGUUUACCCGGAAAUGAGAGCCAGCUCUAACUGCUGCUGUCAAAUAAAUCUACAUUUUUACCCAUUUCUAACCGUUUUUAGUCCAGAUAAUUAUGAUCUGACUGUAAUCUACUGACUCGGUAUGUACAGCGGACUCCUGCCCAAAGGUUUAACCGAAGACGACCUCAGUCCAGAUGAGGAUGAGGAGGAGGAGGAUGAUGUUGAGGAGAAGAGGAGGGAGGAUGAGAAGUUGAGCUCUGCAGAGGAGAACACAGUCUCAGUGGUGGAGACACAGUCCUCUCACACUGCCGGUGAUGCACACAGUGAUUCACAGACAUGCAGUUUGCCUGGUACAUCCCAGGAAACGUGGCAAAAAUUCCAGGAUCUACGGAAGAAGAAUGACGAAAUGAAGACAAUGAAGGUCCCCUGCAGACGAAGAAAAAGAAGACGACACAAGAAAGGAGCAGAGAGUGAGGAACCUACAGAGACAAGCAGAGAGCAUCAGGAGGAACAGGAGAAGCACUGGGACGGGCUUAAGCAGCAUUUCGGUGUAAAUGAUCGAUUUCAUCCUCCUGCAUGUUCCAAACCCCCUCCAAAGUCCGGCCUAGAAAAGAGCAUAGACAGGGCCAUAGCUGAAGGGGACAUUGCAAAGGCGGAGGAGAUGAGCGACAGACUCGCCACUCGAGAGCUGGCUGUGAAAAUCGCUCAAGCCGCUGAUUGCCGUGACUUUGUGCAACGCAAACAGGAAGAGGAAGCUUUGAGGGCAGCGCAGAAAAGGAAGAACCAAAUAGCCUGGGGGUUUGAGGCUAAAAGACGAUGGGAAACCAAAAGCAACAUGGGCUUCAUGUGACAAACACGGAGGAACUGUUAUUUUUUUUUAAGUUAAUUUGAUAAAAGUAGUGUUUUUUUAAGAAGGACUGAUCCUGUUUCUUUUUAUUCUCUUUGUAUAUUUUGAAGGCUUGAGCGUGAGGGGGGAAAAGUCACACAGCUGGCGGAGGAAAAGCCAAUCCGGAGAGUACAAGAGAGAGAAAAAAUUAUGGAGCAUUCAAAUUAAUUCCUAAGGCGCCCAUUGGUGUCUGCAUUGUGUUAUUUUUCAUUACAUUUCAGUGAUUUGAGCGUUCUGGCCUUUUUUUUCUCCCCCUUCAAAUUAAAUCUGGUGUACAUUACUGGAUGAUGCGUUUAUUUAUUGCUGUAAAGUGGGUUAAUCAUGAAGGCGCUCUUUUCUUCUUCCGAGGAAGAGAAAGGAAAGAUUAGGGCUCUAAUGCAAUGUACAGGAUAAUGUGCGAUAGGAUUUGGGAGAAGAAAAUGAAAUUUGGCUGCUGUAAACAGUUGUGAGCAGUUGUAAACUGGAAGUUGAGUGAACGUUUUGGGGAUGGGGGGGUGAGACAUGAAACAGAGGCUUUGCUGUUGGCCCUCACCCAUGUUGGGAGACAUGCUAUUGUCUCUCAGCCCGAACAAGAGGCACGCGCUGUUUCUCGAAGCCUACGCUCGCCGCUCAUUGUGUGAUGAGCUCUCUUCAGCAUCUGUAAACUCGUCGAUUCCUCUCAUUCUUACUUUGAUCUUUUUUUUUGAUCUGCAGCGUUUUUUUCCUCCGCAGCUACUCGCGCUUCAUUCAGAUUCCAGGAAGUGUUAAUUGCAAACAGCAUGCAAAAAAGCACAAGCAUGAUAAUUACUUUUAUUCAUAAUGCGUGCUUAUAUAUUUUUUUUUCCAACCAUAGAAAAUGAUUGCUUUGCUUCAAGGUAAUGAGAAUUAAAAUUAAUCCCACCUAAGUUGUUUGCAUUGCACAUAUUUGGGCACUUUGUCCCCCGGUGAGUGCUCUCAUAGCUUUGCUGUGUAGGCUGAAACAGGACGAGGAAAAAUGAACUAAACAUCAGAAAUAAAAGUUUGUAGGCACUUAAUGACACAAAACACCUGAGCUGAAGAAAACCCAGAUAUGACAAAAACAAAUGCUGAAAUUUGAAAAAUCAAGCUUUUCCUAUCAUUUCACAUCCGAGCGAGUCACGUGACUGUGUGUCUGAGAAGCUGUCAGUUGGUGAGAAUUGGUGCUAAUUAAACUAUUAAUUAUCUCUGUAAUGAGACGCGAGUUAAAACUGUGUUAAGCACAUCAAAGUACAACAUGGGAUUUCUUCACUUUGAUGACUGCUAUGAAAAAUAUAUCUUGACUGAGGAGAGAGGAAACAUCAGAGAUGCUUUAUUAAAAAAGUAGUCACAUUUUAGAGCCUUCAAAAGCUUUGGAUAACUCCUCGAGAACAAAUGGUUUAAUAGUCUGUGUGAGAUUAUUGCAACUUUUUCAAUAUUCUGUAUUACAUUUAUCAUCUCAAUGGAAGAGCAUUCAAAACAAGAGGCAAAAAGCAUCUGUGAAUGUGUUUUCCAUAUGUAAAGUAGACAUUUUUUAAAGCUAGUAGUCGUCAGUGAGCACGACCAGCGCUGAUCCAAGAGCAGUGCGGCGCCGUAUCAAUAGCAUCUCACUUUAUUAAUCUCUUGGAACACAGGAUAAUGCCCUGAGCAGAGAUGAUUCUGCUUUUAAGCUGGAAAAUCCACUUUCCCCUCUCGUCUAUGUUGAGGAGCUGCUUUCAAUAGUCUGCUCCUGGAGGCCAAUCUUAGCCCCUGACCUAGGCUGAUUUGUUGUGAAACGCGGAGACAAAUUCCUUGGGCACAUGUCGAAGCACUUCUAGGAAAAGUGUUUGUUGUGUGGAGUGGGAGGGGGGGGGAUAAAAAAGAAAAAAACCAACAACAACAAUCCCAUUAAAUGGUUGGAAAGCUGCUGUUGUAUGAAAGGGAACAUAUGUUGCCGGUAACACGACAUCAGCGCUAUCGCUCGCUGUUAUCGCCGGCUAGAAGAGGAUUAACUCGAAGGCGAGAUCUCUGAGAUGCAGCUGAUAAAGGCGAGCGAUGUUGAAAACAGCUCACACCUAUAACGCGACGUGCACAUCAGACAUGAUAACGUUGCUUUGUUGGAGUAUUGUUCAGGUUUUUUGAUAACAUUUUAGCUGCGAUGUUGUGUUUUGUUGUGUAACUGUAUCUUGUUACACUUGCUCUCAUUGUGUAAAUAAAGGUUUCAAUCCAUAUUGAAUAUAUUAAAAUGUUUUACCU